AUGUACCUGAAGCGAACACUGGCUUCUACAGAUGACAUUCCGGAGAAGAAGCGGUUCAGGGCUGAUAUUUUGGACUUGACCAUCAGCUCAGAUAUUUCUGGACAGCGGGCCGCCAGGCUCAUUCACCAUGCGAAAUUAGCCAACACAGAGAAUAUCAGCGACUUAGCAAAGGUUCCUGUGGGCAAAAACUCUGCGAGGGAUCUGUUGAAGCGAUGUUUCCGCAAUUCGAAAUGGCCAGAUGUUUAUACAUUGGAGGUUCCGGCCUGGAACCCUGGCAAGAACGUGCCCCAGAAUAUGAAGCUGCACAUGCUGCUACCGCAUGAAUUGAUGCUUGCUGUGCUGAAAGUGAAUAGCAUGGACGGUCUCUUGCGACGGCAGCAGCUGGCAUUGGCCCAUCGGCCCGACUUAAGCAGACACCUUGGCCAGGCCUCUGCCCAGCUCGGCAUUGAUGCUACGAAGACUUUGAUUGCUGGACUUUGGGUGGACUCUGUCCCGUUUAACAGCGACAGAACACACAGCCUGGAGGUCUUCACAUUCAGUUUGAUUGGAGAGGGGCCGAUGAGGUUUCCGAUUUGUUGCUUCCCCAAAGCCUUUUUGAAAAAGCACUCCACCCACGAUGCGAUACUCGCCGUUUUGGCUUGGUCCUUUCGGGCAACCUUAUGUGGAGUGUGCCCGUCUAUGCGACACGAUGCAACCGCUUGGCGAACGACAGACAAGCAUCGACGACGGCUGCAGGGAAAAUCUGCCCCGAUCAUGAUACUGGGAGAACUCCGUGGCGAUUGGUCCAUGUAUAAAGACCUUCUCGAGUUCCCGUCAUGGGCAGCUGCUGGCCCGAUAUGUUGGCGGUGCGACUGUACAAGGGCCCAACUGAAGGACUUUACCCUCGCAUCGCUGACGAGGCGGAGGGAGUUGACCUCCAUGGACUUCUUGAUGCGACAACAUGCAGCGGACAAAUUCAUUUCGCAGAUUUUCAGAAAAGCCAUGGCCCAAGUUCCGGACGCGUCUACAGUGCCAGUACCUGAUGUGAGCCCUGAGGAAGAGGCUUUGCUGUUUGGGUCUCAAGGACAACCGACAGCACCUGCUGGAGGAGCGAACCCUUUUGCGUCGCCUCCGGCAACUCCAGCUCAAGCUCAUGCUUCGCCUACUGGAAGCCAAGUGGGUGGAGUACAAGCUGGAAAUGGCCUUGGUGAAGGCAACUUCCAAGCCAUCUUCUUGGAGAUGCUAAGGCAGCAAAGUCAGGCCAACCAGCAGAACCAGCAGUUGAUAGCUGCCCUCAUGAGAAGAAUGGAUUUGGAAGAGAAGCGUCGAAAUGAGGCUGAAGAGAAGGCAGCGGAGACCGCACGUUUGGUUGCGGAGGCUGCAGCUAGAGCCAAGACGGAAGACCCGUUUGCAGCUGCACCGAGCACACCUUCUGUGCCUUUUGCAGGAGCUACCUCGUCUUCGAGCUCUGUUCGGAGCCCAUUGGUGCAGAAUAGGGCGGAGAAGUACCUUCCAUCUCUGCCGAUGCUAGAGCAUCAAGGCAUGAACAAGGGCAGGAUGCGAGAAGUCGAGACAUGGCAUGCCUACCUGGAGACACUGUCAUCGUGGCUUGCUCUUCAAGAUGAGUCUUUCGUUCGAGAGUUGCAACUCUGCGUCAAGCAAAAGAAUGAGAUCCUUCAGAAGGAUUUGGCGGAUGAUGUUGCUGCUCGAAGUGCGAAGCUUUACUACUAUCUCACCCAAUCUCUCUCACGUUGGGAAAGAGGUCAGGAGUUGCUACGCUCGUGCUCGAAAAGGCAGUCUCUCAGUGCCUGCGGAUACGAGGCUGUGAGGACCAUCACGCAGCAAUACAGCAUCGUGUCUCGCAUGGAAGCUGUCUACGUGCGGGAGCAGUGCCUCAAGUUGGCGGUGUGCUUCCUUCCCCUUGCCAGAAGAAGUGAAGGAGAAGCAUUGGAUGUUUUCGCUUGCUUGGCGAUCUAUGUGAUAGCAAGUUUCGAGGAGUUGGUGACUACCCUCAACUUGUAUCCCGAAAGUACCGUUUACACCAUCGUCGUAAAGGAGUCCGAGUGCGAAUCAACUCUGCUUUUCACACUUUUCGGUUCAGAGAAUUGCAAGUUCGACUUCCUUCACUGCGUGGACCUGGGAAUAACCUGUGACUUUAUUGGAUCGAUGUUCUACUACCUGCAGGAGUAUGUUUUGCCGGGCCGUUCUCGCCAUGACAAGUGUGCUCUCAUUUUCCAGGAAAUCUCUGCUUACUACAAGGCCAACGAUUCCGAGAACCGCCUUCCGAAACUGGUCCCUACAAUGUUGAGGGCAGAGGAACGUGGGAAAAUGAAAGCUCCCAAACUUCGUGCAAAGGCAGGGGAGGCGAGAACACUUGUCCCCUGUGUCAUGCAGAUCGCAGACAAAUUCUUGGACUCCUCUGUCCCGGCUCAGAACACGAUGAUUCAUGCGAGCCGCCGCUUGAACAGCAUGUACGAGUGUCUGAGCGAGCAACGAUGGCUGCCAGACCUCUUCCAGCAAGUGAAAGUGCUCUGGCCGCUCGCUGGUGAUCAGGAUGCAGCAAAAGGCGAAGAUCGGUCCGAACAGCAUGUCCAUGGAUUCUGA